ACCUUAACCAAUUGUUGCCUAAAUAUAUGUUUUUAUUUAAAACGUAUUUAUUUAUCAAUUAUUUUGCCUUUCUCGAGCAUGCGCACUUGAUACAGGAAGUCUCCAGAAAAUAGUGUGGAUCAUAAUCGAGCGAUUCUACUUCAAUUUUCUAAAAAGAUGUCCACAGAUGGGUCAGCUAGUCAUAGACUUAGGUCUUACAAGAAUAAAGCUCUAGACUCAUUGGAGCUUCGCAGAAGACGUGAGGAAGAGGGAAUUCAGCUUAGAAAACAAAAAAGAGAUGAACAGCUGUUCAAGAAGCGUAACAUGGCAGUACCAGAUGAAGGGGAGGAUGAGGUGGGGUCAGACGCCUUGUCAGAUAACCAGGUCUCCUCCACAUCAAGCGCUGGGGGUGGUAUAACCCAAGAGAUGGUGCAGGACCUGUACAGUGAUGACCCUGAGAAACAGGAGCAGGCCACUCAGAAGUUCAGGAAACUUCUCUCCAGAGAACCAAACCCACCCAUUGAUGAGGUGAUUCAGACUGGCAUCAUUCCUAAAUUUGUGGAGUUCUUGGAAACAGAAACCAACUGCACACUUCAGUUUGAGGCAGCAUGGGUCCUAACAAACAUAGCCUCUGGGUCCAGCCUGCAGACCAGGGUGGUCAUAGCCGCCAAUGCAGUGCCUAUAUUUGUGAGGCUUCUCAGCUCCGAGAUAGAGGAUGUGCAGGAACAGGCUGUGUGGGCGCUGGGCAACAUUGCUGGUGACAGUCCAGAAUGCAGAGACUAUGUCCUCAGUGAGGGAAUUCUGGUACCUCUGUUACAAUUGCUUGGCAAGAGUAACAGCCUCUCCAUGACCAGGAACGCUGUCUGGUGUCUCUCAAAUUUGUGUAGAGGCAAAAAUCCGCCACCAGACUUUGUAAAGGUGUCCCCCUCACUGCCCAUCCUGGCCCGGCUCCUGUACCACACAGACAAGGAUGUGCUGUCAGACUCCUGCUGGGCCCUCUCCUACCUCUCUGACGGGCCUAAUGAGAAGAUCCAGGCGGUCAUUGACUCUGGUGUCUGUCGCAGGCUUGUAGAACUACUUAUGCACAACCAUCAGAGUGUGGUUUCUGCAGCAUUACGUGUUGUUGGAAACAUUGUGACUGGAGAUGACUACCAGACACAGGUGAUCCUGAGCUGCUCCGCCCUGCCCUGUCUGCUUCACCUGCUGGGCAGCACCAAGGAGUCCAUACGCAAGGAGUCCUGCUGGACCAUCUCAAACAUCACCGCGGGCAACAGGAUGCAAAUACAGGCUGUGAUAGAUGCCAACAUUUUCCCCGUGUUAAUAGACAUCCUGGGCCGGGCCGACUUCAAGACAAGAAAGGAGGCUGCAUGGGCAAUCACCAACGCCACAUCAGGAGGCUCACCAGAACAGAUCAGGUUCCUGGUUGAGCAGGGCUGCAUCCCGCCCCUGUGUGAUCUGCUCACGGUGAUGGACAGCAAGAUCCUGCAGGUGGCUCUCAACGGCCUCGAGAACAUCCUGCGUCUGGGAGACCAGCACGCCAAGUCAUCCAACGGCUCCAACCCAUACGCUGUCAUGAUUGAGGAGUGCUAUGGUCUUGACAAGAUAGAGUUCCUACAGAGUCAUGAGAACAGAGAUAUUUACCAGAAAGCCUUCGAUAUGAUAGAGCGCUACUUCGGGACUGAAGAGGAAGACCGAGCCAUCGCGCCAGAGGUGGAUCAGAACUCAGAACAGUACCAGUUCCAGACGGCGAAUGACGCACCCAUGGGAGGCUUCAACUUUUAGUACAGAGCAUUGAAGCGUUAGUUAAGCUAUCUCAGACGAGGAUUCAUGCCCACAACAUAUAUCAAGCAAAACGCCUUCCAUCUUCCAAACAUGCAGGUCAUUGCAGGGAAAGUGGAAAGAGAGAUUUGCAAGAUCCUUGGCCAACGACGUAUUGAGGUCCCCCCAGCCCCCUACGGCACUUACAGUGCAUGCCCAACGACGAAUUUAACGGCCCAGCCCAACGACGAACGAACGCACGCAAGAUUGCUGCCAUCCCCGACUACAGGACUGCAAGAGAGAUGUAAGCCCCUUCAACAAUGUUAUAAGUGUGAUGACAAGUGUGAUUACGUCACCAGCUUCUAGUGAUGGAUUGACAUCGUUUUGGAUGAAUAAAGGAAAGAUAUCGUUGAAAGAUAAAACAAAUAUGAAAGAUGUGACAGACGAGAGCAAAAUGGAAAUGGAGUUUUACAGGUUUUUGUGUUCUGUACUUGAAUGCUUUAAAUGGAAGCAUAAUCUACAGCAUUGAUGCAGUGAGAGAGGAGUGAAAUUGAAGGAUUAAAACUUCUGUCCAAAGACAUUGACAUUAUUCUCAAGGAACGCAGUGAAAUCCAUCAACAUAUAUAUGGCCUUCUCAACUUGAAGGCAAGAGUGUGGUGAAGACUGUGAGGUGUCUAAAACAGUCAGUCACAGAGGAUAUAUGGUUCCUAGGACAAAGUUAUCCCCCAAACCCCCACCCCAACAAAUGGUGCAUAAAGCUAUGCAUAGUGUGAUAGUGAUGUGAGGUGAAAUAUCUCUAGAAGGAAUCGAGUCAUUCAAAGAUCUCAAGUGUUUUAUCAUUGUGAAUGAAACUGUAUUCCUUUGUGGAUUUAUUCUAUCUUGAUGAUUUCGAAACAAUGUGUUUCAUAAUUUACUCAAAUUGUCAGCAUUAAUAGUUUUUUAGAAGACAGCUUUAUAAUGAGUUUAACUUUUUGUCCAACAGCUGAGGGUAAAGACAAAUAUAUGUGGUAUGUCAUGGGGAGACUCUUAAAUACACAUGUCCAAAUGCAUACAUCUUAGCUUCCCUCUGGGCAACGGGUCUUAAUCCAUGUGCGUUAAAGUGUCUUAUAUAAGCCUGUUCAGUCCACACAGGUUAAUCUGGGACAGCACUUUCUGCUUUUUUAAGGUAUUUUUCAUUUUAAGAAAAUCUUUUUUCCAAAAAGAGCAAAAAUCCAGUUAAGAUGGAAAAUGUCAACCCUGGUUAGCCUGUGUCGAAUGCACAGGUUUAUUUGGGACAACACUUUAUGCUCCUGCAUGAAGCCUUGUUUUCGCAAGAGAGGCUCCUUGUUAGUUUGGUUUCCUCGUAACAUGCCACAGUGUUAUACCAUUUAGUUCGUAGUAUUUAUGUAUUAAGUGAACCCUUUAUUAAGCUGUCUUUGAAAGGUAAGUUUUUGUUUACAGAGGUGUAAAAGAGCUCCAACUCUUUACAGUUUGAGAGAGUGGAAGUUUGAGAGAGUGUGACAGUGAGUGUGUGAAAGGUUAGAAGGAGUGUGAAAGGGUGAGAUGUCCCACGGACGUGUUCAUGACCCCCCCCACCCAAUUAUUGCGCAAUCAGCGCUGUCCAUUGACGAUACUGACUCUCUUUAAUUGCUACACUGCCAGGUUGAGUAAAGGCUACAUUAAGAGUCCAGUGGAAUAAACAGUCGACUCAUUAAUUUUGUGUUUACAAUACUGGUAUUUUAAGUAGAGCUGAAAAAGGCUAAUGACUUACAUUUAUUUGUUGUUUUCAAUUUUAACUAGUGAAGUGAUAAAUGUUGGAUGUUUUUGUUGUUGUAUUUUUUUUUCAAAAUUUUGAAACAUAAGGAAUGGGCCUGGGUCUCUUUGGAUUGGGAAAAAUCGCGCCCUUUUAAAUGGGAAAAUAAGUUGUUG